AUGACGGGUCUCCCGGACCACCGUAAGCACUGCAACAGUCUCCCGGACCACCGUAAGCACUGCAACAGUCUCCCGGACCACCGUAAGCACUGCAACAGUCUCCCGGACCACCGUAAGCACUGCAAGAGUCUCCCGGACCACCGUAAGCACUGCAACAGUCUCCCGGACCACCGUACAGUCUCCUGGACCACCCACUGCAACAGUCUCCCGGACCACCGUAAGCACUGCAACAGUCUCCCGGACCACCGUAAGCACUGCAACAGUCUCCCGGACCACCGUAAGCACCGCAACAGUCUCCUGGACCACCGUAAGCACUGCAACAGUCUCCCGGACCAUUCACUGCAACAGUCUCCCGGACCACCGUACAGUCUCCUGGACCACCGUAAGCACUGCAACAGUCUCCCGGACCACCGUAAGCACUGCAACAGUCUCCCGGACCACCGUAAGCACUGCAACAGUCUCCCGGACCACCGUAAGCACUGGAACAGUCUCCCGGACCACCGUAAGCACUGCAACAGUCUCCCGGACCACCGUAAGCACUGGAACAGUCUCCCGGACCACCGUAAGCACUGCAACAGUCUCCCGGACCACUGUAAGCACCGCAACAGUCUCCCGGACCACCGUAAGCACUGCAACAGUCUCCCGGACCACCGUAAGCACUGCAACAGUCUCCCGGACCACCGUAAGCACUGCAACAGUCUCCCGGACCACCGUAAGCACCGCAACAGUCUCCUGGACCACCGUAAGCACUGCAACAGUCUCCCGGACCACCGUAAGCACUGCAACAGUCUCCCAGACCACCGUAAGCACUGCAACAGUCUCCCGGACCACCGUAAGCACUGGAACAGCUUCAACAAUCAAGUUGAAAAAAUAUCUUCUGGACAUUCCAUUGACUCAUCCCAAUAA